AUGUCUGUUAAAAAAAGCUAAUUGAUUGCUAAUCCUAAAAUAUAUUUUUUAAAUAAAGAAAGUCUUUUUAUUUUAAAACUAGUUGAAGAUAUCUAAUAGCAUUUGAUAGCCUAAUAUAUGAAAUUAAAUAAUUAAACUUUAAGAGUAAAUAAAUAGUUAAGAUAGAAUGACUUUUGA